CAACUGAAUAUCACCUUGGCUUAUUAAAAGCAAAACUAGCAAAAUAUAGAGUGCAGCUUUUGGAACCAUCAAAGGGCUCUAGUGCAAAAGGUGAAGGGUUCGAUGUUAUGAAAUCUGGGGAUGCACGAGUUGCAUUGAUUGGAUUUCCUUCAGUUGGUAAAUCAACUUUACUUAAUCGACUCACCAAGACUCAUUCUGAAGCUGGUGCAUACGAAUUCACUACUUUAACAUGUAUCCCGGGCAAGAUUGAAUACAAUGGAGCAAAUAUUCAAUUACUUGAUUUACCUGGAAUUAUUGAAGGAGCUUCACAAGGUAAAGGUAGAGGAAGACAAGUAAUUGCUGUUGCAAGGACUGCAGAUUUAAUAUUGAUUAUGUUGGAUGCUACAAAAACCACACAACAAAAAAUGUUAUUAGAACGUGAAUUAGAAGCUGUGGGUAUUAGAUUAAAUAAAGAAAAACCAAAUGUUUAUUUCAAGGUUAAGAAAGGUGGUGGCAUUAGCUUUAAUGCCACUGUCAAAUUAAAUCAUUUAAAUGAAAAAAUGGUUUAUCAUAUUUUACAUGAUUACAAAAUCUUUAAUGCAGAGGUUUUGGUUAGAGAAGAUGUUACAGUAGAUGAAUUUAUUGAUGUGUGCUAUAACAAGAUUGAUUCUAUUACUUUGGAAGAAUUGGAUAAAUUAGCUCAUGAGCCUAAUUCAUUAGUCAUUAGUUGUGAAAUGGAUUUGAACCUUGAUUUUCUUGUUGAUCAGAUUUGGAAGAAUUUAAAUUUAUUAAGAGUUUACACUAAAAAAAGAGGAGAAUAUCCUGAUUUUGGGAGUGGUUUAAUUGUUAGGAGAGGUGCAACUGUUGAACAUGUGUGUCAUGUAAUUCAUCGUUCUUUAGUUGAUGAAUUCAAAUAUGCUUUGGUUUGGGGAAUUUCUACUAAACAUAAUCCACAAAAAGUGGGUUCAACACAUAUUGUAGAAAAUGAAGAUGUUAUUCAAG